UUGUCAAAUUAUAUACUACUAUUUACUUGAGAUUUGUGUAGAUUAUUCAAAACCAUCAAACAAUUAAUGGUUUUAGGGAUAGGGAUAGUCACGGGUACAUGAUUUCAACUCUACACCUUUAAAAACAAUAGUCUCUGCAAAUUUUGCAAUUAAUUACAUUAAUUGUCUUUUUUCUAUUUAAGCCACUUGUUGUUGCUUUACACGGAGAGCUGUAGCAAAACACUCUAAAAGCAACAAAGGAGCCAAAGCCAAGCCAACUAACAACAAAUCAACGUUUUUGUUUCUAUCUACAAUCUCUCUGAAAAUCUCACAAAGUUUCCAUAUACUUUUAAAUAAGAACUCAAAUUUAGGGACAAAGAUGAGUUAUUUAGGAGUCGGAGUUAGUCCCGGAAACGUCACCGGAAGUAGUACUAAAAUGAAGCUGAUUGAUCGGAAAGUGAGAGUGACAGAGUUGAUUCUGAGGUCUUUGGUUUGUGCCUUCGCUCUCGUCGCUGCGAUUCUCGUUGCUACAGAUGUUCAAGUAAGAGAGAUAUUCACGAUUCAGAAGAAGGCUAAAUUCACCGACAUGAAGGCACUUGUGUUUUUGGUGGUCAUCAAUGGCAUAGCCGCGGGUUAUUCUUUGGUUCAGGCGGUUUGUUGCUUGGUGGGUUUGAUGAAAGGAAGCGUUUUGCUCAGUGAGCCACUGGCUUGGGCCAUUUUCUUCGGCGAUCAGGCGGUAGCAUACUUGUGUGUGGCGGGUGUUGCAGCAGCGGCGCAGUCUGCGGCCUUUGCAAAGCUGGGUCAGCCAGAGCUUCAGUGGAUGAAGAUUUGUGAUAUGUAUGGGAAGUUCUGUAACCAAGUGGGUGAAGGAAUUGCGAGCGCUUUGUUUGCUUGCAUUGGAAUGGUUUUGAUCUCUUGCAUUUCGGCUUUCGGUGUUUUUCGUUUGUAUGGUGGAUCAAAACCUCGGCAAAGCUCACGGUGGUGAAGGCCUAUACUGGUCUUGGACCAACCUUGUUUGUGGAACCUCUGUUAAAUGUCGUGGUGUGUUGUUCUCUAUCUAUCAGUGUGUAUACCGUCUAUUACUACUGUCAUGAUCUCAGCUGCUCUAGAAUUGUAAUCAUGACAAUUAUGGUUUUUUAAUGUGAAUAAUUACAUGUAUUUUGUUAACCACAAACAAUGACAUGUUUAGUCUAUC